AGGAGGAACAUGCGGAGAUGGAGGGCAGCUGGAGAGGUAUCCUGGCUGCGCUGGUCGUCGUGGCUGGCCUAGCAGCUUCUGGAUCCAGCCAAAUCAUAGAAGGACCCAAGAAUGCAACGGUGCUGGUGGGCCAGGAGGCCCACUUCAACUGCACCAUCUCCAGGGGCUGGAAGCUCAUCAUGUGGUCUCUGAACGACACUGUGGUCCUGAUUGUCACGACCACACAGCUCAUCAUUCCCGAUAAGCGCUUUUUCUCCAAGAGUUACGAGGAGGGCGGUAACUUCAUCUCUGAGCUGAUCAUCUAUGACGUGCAACCCAGCGACGCGGGGCAUGUCAAGUGCAGCCUGGAGAACAGUGACCACCAGAGAUCUGCUUUCCUUUCAGUCCAAGUUAUAGGGAAGUUGCUCAUUCACAGUGACAGUCUUGUAGUCAUUGAGGAUGAACCUUGUAAUGUGACUUGCCGUGCUGUGGGCUGGACCCCGCUCCCGGAUCUUUCCUGGGAGAUCAAUGCUUCCGUGAGCCAUUCAAGCUAUUACUCUGUUCCUGAGCCUGACGACCUUCAAAGUGUCCUGAGCAUCCUGGCUCUGACGCCGAAGGGCAGUGGGACUUUGACUUGUGUGGCUAACGUGAAGGGGCUGCAAGUCCACGAUUCUUACACUGUGUAUCUUACUGUGGUUCCGACUCAUGUGGGCAGUGUUGAUAAACCAGGUUCCUCGCUGCCUACCUGGGCCAUAGUCCUACUUGCAGUGUCAUUUUCAUUGCUUUUCAUCCUGACCGUCGUUCUGAUUAUAAUAUUCGGCUGCCAUUGUGUCUCCCGGAGAGAGAAAACAGAAUCCAGUUUUCAAAGAGAAAUCAUGAAAUCUGAAAAUGUGAAGACAAACAAAGAAACUUUUGAGCCAGACUUAAAAAGCGGAAAUGAAAACUAUGGAUUCAGUUCGGGUGAGCUGAUAACCACACGUGAGUGUCUUUACAGGCGUGGGAGGAUGUUUACAGAUGCAGCCCAAGAACCUGAUCACCAUCAGCGGGGCCCCACAAGUCGCCCACACGUCUCCUUUCACAUAGCCGGACCUAGGAUCACCAGGAAUGUGACGUUAGUGUAGUCCAGACGCUGCUCUUAGCUGACGACCUGCACCACGAGGAGGUCAAGGUUGCUCUACGCUGUCCUAAGGCCCCACCCUGCCAGCGUCACCGGGAAAAAGCGAUGUUGGAAUCAUCGAAACGGACAUCUCACAGUGAGAGAAGGAAUCGGUUUUCCCAACUUCCAAAGUAGAGUUUAACUUUUAAUGCAUUUCAAGAUUUCAGGGAAUUCCAUAAAGUUACAAACUGUAAAAGCUGCAAGUUGAUCAUGAUAGUGUUUCUCACCACUGCACACUCCUGCUUGCUGAUCCAGUAAGUCUAUGUCCUACCAUGACUUUAAACACGGUCUUAUUAUUCUAAGUUAUAUGAAGUUUAUAUUUAAGUUUAUGUUUAUAUUAUAAACUUCAUGUAAUGUAGAAUUAUAUUUAUAUGAAAUGUAAUAUGUGGGCAUUAUUGAACAGGAUCAGUGAAAACAGGUUAAAGUUAGGAUCUGCCAGACGGCUAAAAUUGCCCCGAAAUUCAGAACUCACAGGUUAAAAAUAAGAUUAAAUUCUAAAGCUGAUGCCACCUAGUGAAAUAUCCCAUUGUGGGGUAUUUACGUGAAGACAUUCAUUUUUAUCGGCCCCCUUAUCAGCUCCUCUCACAUCCUCAGAUGACUCAGACGUGGGUUAUGCUUUGUAAGAGGUGUAGCUCACUCACCACAAAUGCCGUGAUGAAACUGGAAAUGGGUAAAUGUGUUCUUUAAUAGGCAAAGGGGAAAACACCAAAGAGCUUGUAUUACCUCUCUGAACUCUUUACUACUUAGCU